AGGUGCGGCUGCCGCGGGCCCUGCAGGGCCGGGACAGGGCCGGCCUGCAGCCCUGCAGCUGUGCGGUGCAGACGCUGAGGGCGAUGCUGGCGCGCGCCGGGAACGACGACGUCGUGCGGGACGUGGGGAGCGCCGGGGGCUGGGAACUGAUGGAGAUUCCCGAGCGGCACCAUGACGGAAUCGCCCUCCUGGCCAGGGCGAUGGCUCGGCUCUGCGGGCCCCGGCUGCCGCCCAUCGUCCGGAGCCUCAUCCCGGUGCUGGGAAGCGCCUUGGAAUGCCAGAGAGUGACCAGCAGCGCCUUCCUGGCCGAGCUGCUCAGCCACAACGUGGUGAACGACCUGGUGCUGCUGGAGCCCAUCCUGGACGCGCUGACGGCGCUGGAGAAGGAUCCCUGCCUCCUGGUGCGCGUCCUGGCGCUCCGCGGGCUCGGCAACGUCGCCUCGGGCUCCCCGGAACAGAUCCGGCGGCACGGCUCGCAGCUGCUGGCCUCCAUGGUGAACGGCCUGGACGACAAGGACGAUCCCAACAACCUGCUGGCGCUGGAGGCCAUGUCCAGCCUCUCCCGGAUCCUGGACCGCCUGGAGGAGCGGGACGUGCGGUCCCUGGUGCUGCGCGUCGCCAUCCGCAUCCGGCCCUUCUUCGACAGCGAGCACGCGGAGCUGCGGCACUCCUCCAUCCUCCUCUUCGGGAACCUGUCCCGCUUCGGCCGCGCCGACGCCGAGGUUUUCUCGGAGCAGAUCCUCAACGGGCUCGUGACGCUCCUGCUGCACCUGCAGGACCCCCAGCCCGACGUGGUCAAGGCGUGCAAGUUCGCGCUGAGGAUGUGCGGGCCCGGCCUGGGCUGCGAGGGGCUCCGGGAAAUGUUCGGGAAUCACCUGCGGGAAGAGCGGGGGCUGCACUACGGCGAGUUCAUCAACGACGCCGCCAAGUUCCUGAUGCGCAGCCACCCCGCGCUGCUGGGCCGCCUCAUCUCCACCAACCUCUUCUACUUCAAGAGCCCCUGGCGGGAGCUGCGGGCGGCGGCGGCCAUGUUCGUCGGGUUCCUGGUGCUCCACAUGGACGAGGAGCAGGGCCAGCAGGUGGACCUGGACCAGCUCAUCUCCGCCCUGCAGCUGCUGCUCAAGGAUCCGGUUCCAGCCGUGAGGGUCAAGGUGGCCGAAACCCUGGGACGCCUCGUCUGCCUCCUCUGAAUCCCGAAAUUCCCAAAAAUUCCAAAAAUUCCCGGGAAUUCCCAGCUCCGAGACCCUGGGAUGCCUCAUCUGCCUCCUCUGAAUUCCAGAAUUCCUGGGAAUUCUCAGCUCUGAGACCCUGGGACUCCUCAUCUGCCUCCUCUGAAUCCCGGAAUUCCCAAAAUUCCCAAAAUUCCUGGGAAUUCCCAGCUCCGCUCAGCAAUACCCCGGGGGAUCCCAAUCCAUGGGAAAAGUCUUCCAUCACCUCCACCCUCGGGGACAAAAAAAGUGGGAAAACGACCGGAAUUCGGGAUGGGGUCCAUUCCCAGCCCUCCACCCCCGUCCCUCUCUGCUGCUUCCCAGUG